UUGCAGCACCCAUCGGGUGGCGUUGUCACUUCCUUUUCUCUCUUUCUCUUCAGAUCCCUGCUGAGCUACAGUGCUCUGUGCCAGACCGAGGUCCAGCUGCGCUGAUGAUUUGAGCCUGUCGGGGAGGGUACUGCUUGCCUCUAGCCUCAUGCUGCUGUGGGCACUGCUCCUCGUCUUUGCUCCUCUUGGAAUCCAAGCCGACUGGCUGAGCAUCAGCAUGCCACAUCGUGCUUAUGAGGGCGACCGGGUGACUGUAAGCUGCACAGGAGAGAAGAAUGGUAACAUCAAGAGACUAAAGUACUUCAAGGACGGAUCUCACAUAGCUACCUACAGCAGCGCUUCCAGCUACAUCAUUUCCAAUGCAAGAUUCAGUGACAGCGGCUCCUACUUCUGUAGGGCAGAUAGGAAACUGUUCCUAUUUAUAGAUGUGUCAGAAAAAACCAGUUCUAUCUGGCUCACUGUCCAAGAGCUGUUUCCAGCACCUGCGCUGACAGCUAGCCCCCUGCAGCCGGUAGAAGGCAGUUCGGUGACCCUGUCCUGCGACACCUCACUCCCUUCAGAAAGGGCAACAACCCAGUUGCACUAUGCCUUCUUCAAAGAUGGCCAGACUUUGCAGUCUGGCUGGAGCUCCUCAAAGUUCACAAUCUCAAUGAUACGGAAAGAAGACUCUGGAAAUUACUGGUGUACAGCCAUGACGGCAUCUCACAGUGUCUCCAAGCAAAGUCGCCGGACCUAUGUGGCUGUGGAGAGGAUCCCUGUCUCUCAAGUCUCCAUGGAGACCCAGCCGUCACGGGGCUGGGGUCCCGACGGGGGCAUGCUGGCCCUGGAAGGAGAGAUGCUGGCCCUCGUCUGCUCCGUGACUAAAGGCACGGGGCUCAUCACGUUCUCCUGGCACCGGGAGGACACAAAGGAAAGUGUGGGGAGGAAGAGUGAGCGUGCGCAGAGAGCGGAGCUGGAGAUCCCGGCCGUCAGGGACAGCCACGCCGGGGGUUACCACUGCACGGCGGACAACGGCUUCGGCGCUGUCCGGAGCCCGGCCGUGAACGUCACGGUGGAAGUUCCCGCGCUGCGCCCUCUCCUCUCCAUCCGUGUUCCCCGGGCGCUGCCCUUCAUUGGCGACGUCGUGGAGCUUCGCUGUGAAGACGAGAGAGCGUCUCCUCCCGUUCUGUACCGGUUUUAUCAUGAAAAUGUCACUCUGGGGAGCGUGCGGGCACCUCGUGGAGGAAAAGCAUCCCUUAAGCUCGCUCUGACCGUGGGGCAUUCUGGGAACUACUCCUGCGAGGCUGGCAAUGGCUGGGCGACCACGCGCAGCGAGGUGGUAGCGCUCAGCGUCACAGAGCCUCCCCGCAGAGUGCGCUUGGUGAACGGCGCGCACCCCUGCGAGGGCCGCGUGGAGGUGGAGCAGGAAGGCGGCUGGGGCACGGUGUGCGACGACGGCUGGGACCUGAGGGACGUGGCCGUGGUGUGCCGGGAGCUGGGCUGCGGGGCGGCGCGGCACACGCCGGCGGCCGCGCUCUACCCGCCAGCGGCGGCGGCCCUGCCCGUGCUCAUUCAGGUGGCCCAGUGCGGCGGCGCGGAAAAGGCCCUGGCGGAGUGCGAGCGCGUCGACACCUUCGACUGUGGCCACGACGAGGAUGCGGGCGCCGCGUGCGAAGUCCCGCCGAGCUCGGUCUGAAGAUCUAGAGACCAGCAGACCUGCUUUCUGCAGUUGGGCCUGCAGGCCUGACAGUCUGUGGUCUCCACUGGACGUCGAGACUUCAUCUGUGGCCAGUCCUUCAACAGGACUCAAAGCAGCUCUGCUCCUGAAGCCCUGACAGCACUAAAGGAAGCCCAAGUCCGCUGGGCCCCCGAGGCCAAGCCUGGAAGAGUUGUUCCCCUGCCUCUGUUCCCUUUCUAGCUCCUUCUAGUUACCGCCUUGGGCACAUGUAGACGUGGCACACACAUGCCUGGGCCUUACAUGGCAGAGUGUGGUCUAAUAAAGCACAUACAUGUGAGAGCCUUCGAGUGCUUAAAUCCAUUUUCUAAUUUGGGAAGACACUAGCUUUUUAAAAAAUCUUUUUAAACCAUUUGCUUAUAUAUUUAAAGCAAAUUAGGGGGAAAAUGAUAUAUGAAAAAAGAAAAUAAAAAUUAGCCAAAAGUCACACAGUCAGAAGUAACUGAUACUUACCAAAAGGGAUUAUAAUAAAUAUGCACAGAUGGGUGAAUUAAUAAUUAAAUUUAUUGCUCUAUAAAUUACAUAUUUUAGUGUUUAAAUUAAAAAAAAAUUUUUUUGAGAUAGGGUUUCUCUGUGUAGCCCUGGCCAUCCUAAAAUUCCCUCUGUUCACCAGGCUGGCCACAAACUUGGAUCCACCUGCCUCUGCCUCCCGAGAACUGGGAUUAAAGGCACGUGCCACCACGCCCAGCUCAACAAUUCACUUUUAGGGAAUUUCUGCAGAGAACUCACACACGUGUGCAUGCCUUCUUAAAAUUAUUACAAGCAUUUUUAGUUGGUGCUUUCUUAGUCUAAAAUUAUCACCCUUUUUGUUGUUUUUGGUUUUUUGUUUUCCGGUGGGCUGUCACAGUAGCCUCCAGCUUGGGAUAUUGCCAAGGAUAACCUUGAACUUCUGAUCCUCCUGCCUCCACUCUCUGAGUGCUUGGAUUAUGGGUGCGUGCUGUUGUGCCUGGUUUUGUGUGGUGCUGGGUUAGAUCUUAGUAUCUUUUACAUGUUAGGUAAAGCAUGUAAAAUUACAUUCCUAUUCCUAAGAAAUUACAUUCCUGUUCUCAAGAAAAUAGAUUUUUAUUCAGAAAAGACCCUUUAUUCUUAUGACCUUUAUUGGCUUUGAGAAUAAAAGGAGCCAAAUUCCCCACACUGUGUCUAAGGCUCAAAAUACAGUCAAGGAAAUAGCUUCUUUUUAAAAGCUUUGGGCCUGUAUACAUUGUAAUACCCAAAAUGAACAUCUAAGUCCCACCAGGAACCAGGCAACUUCCUGGAAUGCUGGGAAUUGUAGUUCUUGGAAAAUAACAAAGCCUCAUUGGUUUGUCCUCAUAAACCCCUUCAACACACAGCUCUCAGUUGGGAAGUUCCAGGGAAGGGUCCUGACCAGAGUCCAUCUCUUUGUCAGUAUUUAAUAUUUAAGAAAGCUUGCUUCAAAUUUGCCCCCAAAAUGGUGGAACUGGUUUUUCCCCAGCAAAUCUCAGGAUUAACAACAAGAAAAGAAAAGUGAUAUAUACACAUAUUUCCAGGUCAGACAUGAAUAUUGAUAAUUGAUUAAACAUAUAUUUUGUAUUUUAUGUUGUAUUACAUCCUUGGAAAAGUUCUAAGUUAUUUUAAUGUAUUUUAAUUGAGGUGUUAUUGAAAUUUAUUACUAUCAGGGGUUAAUUUUUAGGCAUAUUUUUAUAUCAUGUAAUCUUCCAAUACAGGAACAAGAUGUAUUGCUUCGUUUGGUUUUGUGUGUGUGUGUGUGUGUGUGUGUGUGUGUAUCUCAGCAGUUUCUUAAUUCCGUUCUUAUGAAAUCUUCCUGUUUCUUAUUGUGAUAGCUAUUCUUGCUUGUAAACUUGACCACAUCUGAAAUUAAUAAAACCUCCAAAAUGGGUAA